AUGCUGCUGCCCCAGAAGACUGCGGAGGAGAACGGAGCGCUGGCCACGACAGACUGGCAGAACAUCUCCAACAUUCUGCUAGAAAUCACUUUCCGCAAUCUUAAAUCAAUUAAUUCCCACCGUCUCUCUGACCUGCUCUCCACCAAGCUCCACCUGGACUCAACCAUCCUCUCACCUGAGGAUCUCACAAACCACCUCAACUCCACCUUGCCUACUUCCCUCAACACCCUGACCCCCUCAAAACAUAAACUGUCACUUUUAACACCCCUUCACCCUGUCUGCCAAGUCAAUCUCUCCACCAUCCUCACCGACCCCUGCAAAACCCCAGAACCCUCUUCUCCCUCCCUCCCUCACACCCUCCCUUCCUCUACUACGGAUCUCUGCAACUCACUACUCACUCAUCUACUCCACGGCCCCCUCUUUAUUAAAACUACUACCUGCUCCCUUGACCCCCUCCCUACUCCCCUCCUGAAGAUUUGCCUCCCGAUCCUAUGCCCCUACCUUACUGACCUCUUCACCUCCACAACUAUUAAAACCUGGAUGCAACACAACUUCUUCAAACUCAACAGCAAUAAAACAGAAUUCAUCCUCAUGGGCUCUAAAUCCACACUCAGGAAAAUCAAUAACCCCACUCACCAUUGUCUACCCAUCUCCCCAGGCCCGCAACCUUGGUGUGAUCUUUGUCUCCACCCUCUCCCUUAAGCCCCACUUCCGUCAUGUCAUUAAAACCUCCACAACAUCGCCAAAAUCAGGCCCUCACUCACACAACCCGCUGCCGAAAGACUCAUUCACGCCUUCAUCUCCUCCCAACUGGACUACUGCAACUCACUUUUCCUCGGCAUCAGGUCUACUUACAUCAAGCAACACCAACUGGUCCAGAACGCAACUGCCCAACUCAUGACCCACACCAAAUCCUGGCACCACAUCAUUCCAAUCCUAAGAAAAUUCAACUGGCUUCCCUUCCCCCACCAGAUCACCUAUAAAAUCCUGGUCCUCAAUCUCACCUACAAAGCUCUUCAUGGUCAGGUACCAUCUUAUCUUAAAGAGCACAUAAUACCUUACUACCCCACCAGAGCACUGCGCUCCCAGAAUGCAGGGUUACUUGUGGUUCCUAAAGUCUCUAAAAGUAGAAUGGGAGCCAGGGUGUUCAGCUAUCAAGUUCCUCUCCUGUGGAACCAGGUUCCAGUUUGGGUUCAGGAGGCAGACACCAUCUCCACAUUUAAGAGUCGGCUUAAGACUUCCCUCUUUGAUAAAGCUUAUAGACUGACCUACAUGUCUUCACACACCAAGAGGCCUGCACAGAUUUCUACCCUUCUCUGCUUCCCUACGCUCUCAGCUCAGCCUGGCCUCCCUGGAAUACUGUGGGCGGCUCCUGCCACAGAUCCCACCGUGCCGCAGCACGGUGCAGAGCACGGCUGGUAUGGGAAUAGACAGUUAAUGGGCACUUAG